AUGGCCUUGCGACGAUUUGCUGACUUGCAAAAAAAGCUUAACGCGGACCCGGUGCUUAAAGCGGAAUAUCAUCGCGUUAUGAAUGAGUACAUAGAACUAGGCCAUAUGUCACUCGUUGUCGACGAAUCACUACCCGGUUAUUAUCUCCCACACCACGCGGUCAUAAAGGCGACAAGCGCUACGACGAAGACCCGAGUUGUCUUCGAUGCGUCCGCCAAAACAAGCAUGGGAAUGUCGCUUAAUGAUACGCUGAUGGUCGGCCCAACUAUUCAAUUGAAACUAAUCGAGCAUCUUUUACGAUUUCGCAGUUAUAAAUUCGUGAUUACCGCGGACAUCGCGAAAAUGUACCGACAAAUCUCGAUCGCCCCCAGCGAUCGUCGGUACCAACGAGUUUUUUGGCUCCAACAGGAAAGAAUUCGCGUAUUCGAACUAAACACCGUAACGUUCGGCGUGUCGUCGGCUCCGUUUCUUGCGAUACGAACCGUACACAAACUUACAAGCGAUGAGAGCGUGGAUUAUCCUAAGGGGGCCGAGGUUUUAACGCGCGACUUAUACGUCGACGAUUUGUUAUCAGGGGCAAACACUUUUGAGGAAAUCGUACAAAUUCGGGACGAAGUGAUCGAAAUAUUGAAGCGUGGCGGAUUCGACAUUCCACAACGGGCGUCAAAUCACCCGCAGGCCCUAAAUAAUUUGAGCAAAAAAACCGCAAAUAUCGAAUUUCUGACAGACGAAAGUCCUGUGCACUAA